CAUAAAGGACAGUAUAGUCAUGAAGUAUAUUAAUUAAUGAUUCAAAUAUCAGACCAGGAGAUUGGUAUUAAUAUCUUCAUAUCUUUAUCUAAUAUCUACCAUGCCUAGUCAAUUAAUGUGUGUUUAUACAAUUCAAAAAGUUCAGCUGAUUUUCUCAAAGCAAAAAACCAAUCAUGGAAGCAGAAGAAAUCUUGAAGCUCUUUGAUACUUGUUGGUUUGGCCAUCAAAAUUCUUCAACAUCAACAAGUUCUCAUGAAAACCAACAUCAUCAAAUUAAUGAAGAAUCGUCGAAGCUUUCACGAAUCCAAACCAAUCACACAAGGUCCAUGAGUGACCAGUUGAACAUGGCAAGUUUCAAACAUGAUUCUCUGUCUCCAAACUCUGUCUUUUUUCAACCAAAUCUUCAAACAAUCCUCUCAGGUAUAGAUGUCACAGAUUACACAGAAGCUGAAAAGCAAGCACAAUUGCAAUUUCAUGUUUUGCCUAAGAAGAACAUCAUAAGAAAUGGAAGGAGAAAAAGAGAAAGCAAGAGUUUAUCAGACCUUGAGUUUGAGGAAGUAAAAGGGUUCAUGGAUCUUGGUUUUGUUUUCUCAGAGGAAGAUAAAGAUACAAACUUGGUUACAAUCAUACCUGGUUUGCAAAGGUUAGGAAAGAAUGGUGAGGAGGAAGAAAAAGAAGAGGAUUGUUCUGCAAUUCAAAGACCUUACCUUUCUGAAGCAUGGGAGAUUCAGGAAAGGAGAAAGAAAGAGAAGCCUUCGAUGAAUUGGAAAAUUCAUGCUCCUACCAAUGAAGCUGAUAUGAAAUAUAGUCUCAAGUGUUGGGCUCACACUGUUGCUUCUGCUGUAAAAUGAGGAAUUUCAUGAUUCCAGCUUUUCUGUUUUGGUUGUAUCUUUGAGAUUUUAUUUGAUUUUUGGCUCCCUCUUUUCAA